CAGAAUUUAUUUAUUGUCAAAGUUACUCAAUAUAAAAAUUAGUAUUAAAAUUACCAGCUCAUAUGGGUUUAUGUAUUGGAAAGCUCCAACUAGAUUUCUGCAGUUGUUGUCCCAAAAAGCAAAAACCAGUACCCAAAAUAAUAUCGGAAAACUCCUUGGAAGUGAUCACGGAAAUAGUGUACGCCUUAAGAGAAAACGCCCGACUCUACCGGAACUUUGGAUGGUUUUGUUUGCUCCAGGUUCGAGAAUCAGACGGCCACUUGAACCUGGAAAUGGCCAACCAAAUUCUGACGAUGAUCGAAAACGGUUCCGCCCCGGCAAAUCGAAUGAUUUCAGCCUGGAACAGAGAAGCAGCUUUUGCUUUGUACCAGUAUUUACGAGCCAAUCAACCCUUGAUACCGGAAUCAAUCCAGUCAAUAGUUUUGGAUAACAAUAAUUGCAAUAUAAAUCCGGAAAUUGUAGCUGCAGACGUUUUAGGAUUGAUCGAUGAAGAGCUGCAUCAUAGGCAGAAGACGCUUUUGUGGUUGCUGUUUCAGCUAUUUGAUUGUGGAAUCAAAGUUUCUCCUGCUGAUGAACUUGGAGGGAAUACUUGGCCGGUAUCCACUUUGCCGUUGUUUUUUAAUCUUGAAGAUCAUCGGUAUUUGAACGAUUGGAGGAGGAUUUUGAUGAUUUUUGUCGAGAUGAUUAGGCAGGCACCGAAUACACUCGAUGAUGUUUUCAAUGCUCAAGCUUUAAGAGUAAAUUGAAUAUGGGAUUGGACAAUUGUUUUGUAAAUAAGAAUAAUCAAUUAUUAGUAAUAAUAAAGCAAUCGUUUGAAUGGAUUUUAGGUGUGUAUCACCCUGUAAACAUCAAUUUUACAUGAACAUAAAAUAUAAUAUGCAAUAAAAUUUGGUGGUAAA